AUGGGUUUAGCGGGCACAAAGGUGAAGCAGAGGUUUGGGUUUGAUCCCAGAAAUACCAACUGGUCGACUAAUGAUGAUCAAUUUGGUCACCAGUAUUUACAGAAGAUGGGCUGGAAGCCUGGCCAAGGUCUUGGGUUGGUGUCUCAUGCGAUGACCACACAUGUUAAGGUACAUAUUAAGGAUGAUAACGUUGGGUUAGGGGCCAAGUUGGCACGGAAGACGAAGAAGGAUGAGUUUGAUACCGGUGAAUGUGCUGGGUUGGACGUUUUCCAACGGAUUUUGGGGAGAUUGAAUGGUAAGGAGGAUCAAAUCAGUCUGGAGUUAGAGAGACAAAGAAAGAACAACAUUAUAAAUGGGAAAUGGGGUAUGCAUUUUGUGAAGGGUGAAGUGCUUAGGAGCACUUGGGAUUCAGAGAAGAAGGCUUUGAUAAACAAGCGUAAAGCUGAUGAUGAGGUUGAAGAAGAACGUCCGUUAAAGCGUAAGCGAGAAGGACUGGAGGAGAAGAAGGAAAAGAAGGAAAAGAAAGAGAAGGGGAAGAAGAAGGGGAAGAAGAAGGACAAGAAAGAGAAGAAGGACAAGAAGGAGAAGAAGGACAAGAAAGAGAAGAAGGACAAGAAGGAGAAGAAGGAGAAGAAAGAAAAGAAAGUGAAGAAGGACAAGAGGGCAAAGAAGGAAAAAUCAAGCAAGUCAAACAGUGAAGUUACUCGUGAAAGUAUGCUUCAACCAACUUCAGAAUCAGUCAAACACAUUGCAUCUCAUAGAUCAGUAAGAGCUCGAUGGAUAAUGCAAAAGAGAGCGUCUGUCAUGGAUUCCAAGGCACUUAAAGAGAUAUUUAUGGUAUCCAAUUAA